GUAAACAAUUUCGAAAGAAUUAACACAGUGAGAAAUACCUUUCGCCGGCUCCAUCGGAUCAACCAAAACCAGGCGAGGAAGCGACGACGGCUGGCUCGCCGGCGCACGACCUUGGCUCCAACGAGGACCUCGUCUCGAAUCUUCCUGUCACCAUCAAUUGAAUCCUCGCGCUCGCCCUCGUCCUGCCCAUUUCCGUCUCAAGUCUCAAUCUCCGUCUAUGGCGUCGCCCAAGGCCUCGGCCGCUACUCUCCCUCUCAUCCUAGACGUCGAAGAUUUCAAGGGAGAUUUCUCGUUCGAUGCUUUGUUUGGUGGUUUGGUGAACGAGCUUCUGCCUUCAUUUCAAGACGACAAUUCGGAUGCAGCGGAUAGCACGGGUGCGACGGAAGCGCUGCAGAAUGGGACUCUACGAGGCCCGCAGGGACUGGGUACCCCGAUGUUCCCCGCAGUGGAGGAGCUCCUCGCGCUCUUCAAAGAUUCGUGCAAGGAGUUGGUGGAUCUCCGGCAGAAGAUCGACGGGAGACUCCAGAAUCUGAAGAAGGAAGUUGAGGUCCAAGAUGCUAAGCAUCGGAAGACGCUUGCGGAGCUGGAAAAAGGUGUGGAUGGCCUACAUCAGAGCUUUCAGAGGCUAGACUCUAGAAUUUCCAGUGUGGGGCAGACUGCUGCUAAAAUUGGUGACCAUUUGCAGAGUGCAGAUUCUCAGAGAAAAACUGCUAGUCAAACCAUUGAUCUUAUCAAGUACUUGAUGGAAUUCAACAGCAGCCCUGGUGACCUCAUGGAACUUUCACCUUUGUUUUCUGAUGAUAGUCGUGUUUUUGAGGCUGCUUCCAUUGCACAGAAAUUGAGAUCAUUUGCUGAAGAGGAUGUUGGAACACAUGCAAUUAAUAUGCCAUCAGCAGUUGGUGCUGCAAAUGCCAGCAGAGGUCUUGAAGUUGCAGUUGCAAAUCUUCAAGACUACUGUAAUGAGUUGGAGAAUAGAUUGUUAUCACGGUUUGAUGCAGCCUCACAACGGAGGGAAUUGUCUACAAUGGCGGAGUGUGCUAAAAUCUUAUCUCAGUUUAACAGGGGAACUAGUGCUAUGCAACAUUAUGUAGCAUCAAGACCAAUGUUUAUUGACGUGGAAGUUAUGAACACAGAUAUCAAUUUAGUUCUAGGCGAUCAGGGUUUACAAGCUGGUACCAGCAACAUUGCACGUGGACUUUCUGCACUAUACAAAGAGAUUACAGAGACUGUAAGAAAAGAGGCAUCAACCAUAAUGGCUGUCUUCCCAUCACCCAAUGAUGUCAUGUCAAGCCUUGUGCAGAGGGUUCUAGAGCAAAGAGUAAGUGCAAUUCUUGAUAGGUUACUGGAAAAGCCAUCACUUCUGAACUUACCUCCUGUGAAUCAAGGAGGCCUUCUUCAGUAUCUUAGAAUAUUUGCAGUGUCAUAUGAGAGGACAGAAGAACUUGCUAAAGAUUUACAAUCUGUUGGCUGUGGUGAUUUGGAUGCUCAAGGUACAUACUGCUUUUAUAUCUUGAUAUUUUUCUCAAGUUGGUGGCUUCUACCUUCACCAGUCAUGCUAGAUAAAUGAGAGUGCACUAUUUUG